AUGCAAGCAAUGUUAUGUAGGAAGGAUGCCGGUUUCCUGAAGAUGGCCUCGCGCACCCCGUCCCUUGAGUCGCUGCCCGGUGCCAACUCUAUAGGUUCCUUGGAGCGUGGCUCCUUAUCGCCCCUGACUUUGAGUGGUUCAUCACCACCUGCGAGUGAUUCCGCCGUAUGCGACCUCAGAGAAUUCGACGGACUCGACACAACUUGCGCAAUCUGCCGAGAAACAUUCGUCGACCCAAAAGUUCUUAACUGUUUUCACACAUUUUGCCGGGGUUGUUUGGAGAGAGAACAAACGCACCCUGACAAGGUUACUUGCGUCACCUGCCGCGUAGACAGCCAACUACCAGCUGCAGGUGUUCCUGGACUCCUCACAAAUCUUGUCAUUGCUGCAGCGGUAGAACAGGACGCCGAUCUACUUCCAACUGCAAGACAGACAAAUUCACCAUCAGCUCGCUGCACGGGCUGCAAAUCAAAAGAAUCGGACGCUGUUGCGCGUUGCGUCGAUUGCGCUAAUUUCUUGUGUCCCAACUGCGUCAUGGCGCACCAAUUCAUGCAUUGUUUCGAAGGUCAUCGUGUGCUUACUUUUACGGAUCUUAAAGACGACAAGGGUAUGCUUGGUUCUACCCUAACAACAAGUGGUGACAAGACCGCUUUUUGCCCAAGACACAAAAACGAUAUCCUGAAAUACUUCUGUAGGACAUGUUCUGUACCAGUAUGCAAAGAAUGUACUAUUAUUGAACAUCCAGCUGCGCUACACGACUGUGAACAUUUGUCUGACGCUGGACCUAAACAAUUAGAGCUUAUGCAACAAGCUGUAAAUGAAGCCAAAACUCGUGCAACUGAAAUAAGGCACGUAGUAAAAACAGUAGAACAUGCCGCUGGCAAACUACAAGUGCAGUAUCAUAAAGCACAAAAUGAAAUAAACGAUACUUUCCAAUUCUACCGCUCUAUGCUCGAAGAGCGUAAGCAAGAGUUGCUUAAAGAACUUGAAAGUGUGUUUUCAACAAAACAAAUAGCAUUGACUGUUGUCGGACAAAAGGCUCAAGAAACAGUUGACAAAAUUUAUCAAACUUGCGACUUUGUAGAACGGCUAACGAAAUGCGCUAAUAUAGCUGAAAUAUUAAUGUUCAGAAAAUUAUUAGACACUAAACUUCAAUCACUUAUGAGUUCAAACCCUGAACAAAGUGUCCAAACUGCAUGUGAACUUGAAUUUGUUUCAAAUUACCAAGCUAUUCAAGUUGGAGUACGAAACACUUUUGGAUAUGUACGCUCUAGCUCCGAAGCAAAUGUUGGUCCGUCUAAGCAACCACCAAUUGCACGACCUACCAAUGGAUCUUUAAUAAAUGGAGGUUCAUCAUCAAGUAGUAGCAGCGUUAAUGGAAGUUCUGGAAGUCUUAACGGUGGAAUUCAUCUCCCUGCAGGACUUAACGGUGUUUUAGAUCGCCCAUACACGAACGGAUUACUGGGACCUACAAGCCAAUCAACAUCACCAUUCGAAUCAAACAUUAUUUCGAAACGAUUCAACAGCGCAAAUAGUCUUGGACCAUUCUCUUCUGCGAUCGGAGAUAUUAACUUAAAUGGCAUUAAUCCAUACGAGAAAUGGUCGAACGGUGGUUGUGACACACUUUUCCCACCUGCUACCGCCGAUCCCUAUUCACUUACAACCGCUACACAUGCAGAUUCUAUUAUUGACUUGACGAAUAAAUUAAUUUCUACUGCCAUUUUCCCGCCGAAGUCACAAAUUAAACGACAAAAAAUGAUUUACCAUUGCAAAUUUGGUGAAUUUGGAGUCAUGGAAGGUCAAUUUACUGAACCAAGCGGAGUUGCUGUCAACGCCCAAAACGAUAUCAUUGUUGCCGAUACUAACAACCACCGGAUUCAGAUUUUCGACAAGGAGGGUCGAUUCAAAUUUCAAUUCGGUGAAUGCGGUAAACGGGAUGGUCAACUUCUUUAUCCAAAUAGAGUUGCUGUUGUGCGCACUUCAGGUGACAUAAUCGUCACUGAAAGAUCUCCCACACAUCAGAUUCAAAUCUACAAUCAGUAUGGUCAAUUCGUACGCAAAUUUGGUGCCAAUAUACUGCAACAUCCUCGAGGCGUUACGGUUGACAAUAAAGGACGCAUCGUUGUGGUCGAAUGCAAAGUGAUGCGCGUUAUAAUAUUCGAUCAAGUCGGCAAUGUUUUACAAAAAUUCGGGUGCUCAAAACACUUAGAAUUCCCCAACGGUGUCGUGGUUAAUGACAAGCAGGAAAUUUUCAUCAGCGACAAUCGUGCGCAUUGCGUUAAAGUAUUCAACUAUGAGGGUAUUUACUUAAGACAGAUCGGUGGUGAGGGAGUAACUAAUUAUCCCAUAGGCGUGGGUAUAAAUGCAUCGGGCGAAAUUUUAAUAGCUGACAACCACAAUAAUUUUAAUCUAACAAUAUUCACCCAGGACGGGCAGUUGGUUUCAGCUUUGGAAAGCAAAGUAAAACACGCUCAAUGCUUUGACGUCGCACUUAUGGACGACGGGUCAGUUGUUCUCGCCAGUAAAGAUUAUCGACUUUACAUCUAUCGCUACGUCCAAGUCCCGCCUAUAGGUAUGUGA